AUGGGUGGUGCAUCUCGAGAAGGCGGCAAGGCCAAACCCCUCAAGGCCCCAAAGAAGGAGAAGAAAGAGCUUGAUGACGAGGAUCUCGCUUUCAAGGAGAAGCAAAAAGCUGAUGCCAAAGCCAAAAAAGAUCUCGCGGACAUGGCCAAGGGAAAGAAGGGCCCCAUGAACACCGGCCAACAGGGAAUCAAGAAGUCUGGAAAGAAAUAA